AUGAAGUUCAAAUCUAUUCUAGGCGUAUAUGCCUGGAGUCAAAGUUUUCUUUCGCUUUCUGAGGCUGCAGCUGUGAGCCAUUCACAUGAUUUCACUCCGAAGUCAUUCAUUACAGCGGAAGAAGUAAAAUGGCCAGAGAGCCUUUCUUCAACUCUAAUUCUCAACUCCGAGUCCCCCGUUGCAACCAUUGACUAUGGCACAGAGGUUGCUGGGUUUCCGUUUUUUGAAAUAAGCAGAAUAGAUGGCCCGGUACAGAUUGAAGUGAAGUAUAGUGAACCGUACCAUGGGCUGCAGCACCCAUGGGGAGAUGGGCCUUACACUUUCUCAACCGGCCUCUCCAACGCGUUUCGAGUUGAAACCUUCAAUAUCACCAAGACUGGAAAGCUACAAUCUCCUUUGAUACAGGGCGGCCAGCGAUGGCAGUCUAUUCGUUUGAUUGCCGGACAGAGUGUUUCAUUCACUCGUGUUGGAUUCGUACCCACCGUUAGCGACAUCGAUCCCGAGAAAUAUCCAAGCCAAUUUCAUAGUGACAAUAAAUUAUUCAAUGAAAUUUGGAAGCUCGGGGCAAAAGCAGCUGGCCUCGCAUGUCUCGAGAAAGGAACACAGGGCCCGGUUUGGACAAUCGAUCCUGCGCAGGGUGCAUUGGUGCAGGGUAUGAGGGCUUCGCCAAACUUCGAAACCGGAUCGUUUGAAAACUACACCCUACAAUUUGAGACAAAAAUUGAAAGAGCUGGUUUAUGGUGGACAGUGGCCCAACCUAUGACAUACGGAUCUGGGCUUCAGCUUUUACUCACAGGAGAGCUGCCCAAGGAGACUACAUUUGCAAAUAUUAAUACAACCCUCACCCCCGCGAACAGCAUUCUAUUAGCAAAAGGAUACGGCUUUGUCAACCAAACAACCCUUGACACACUUCUACUCGAUACAUUUACCGUGCCAUUUGAUGUGCAUGAAAAAGAAUGGUACAAUAUUACCACCAUUCUCUCGGGUGGAGAUCGCAUUUCUGUUCAGAUAAAUGUUCCACUUAAUGGUGCCAUUGGGUUUGGCGCUUACCAAGACCAAUCCGCAUGGGUUCGCAAUGCCAGACUCUAUGACAGCGCGAAUGGAGACUUUUACCACACCUCCCGCAUUAUUGGCGCGAGCAGCUCUCAGUUCGAUCGGUCACGAGACACGCUUUCUUUUCUUCUGGAUACCCAGGCCCCUAAUGGGGAGUUGAGCUAUGCGGCUAGUAUGGGAUACGACCCAUCGACCACCAUUGAUGCAUUCACUACCGGAGGAAAAUACCCUGCUUUGGAGGACUACCAGAUGCUUGGAUUCUUGGGCUUCUACCACACCAUUAAGCAGUCGAACGAUCUUCAAUACGCCGCUAAAACAUGGCCUAAAUGGCAGAAGCAGCUUGGAUGGCUACUUACGACGGUGAAUUCUACUGAUGGGUUGGUUGAUCUGGAUAGCGCCUUUGUGGGUGCCAAUUCAGGUGGCUCGGCUGUGAGCUGCCUUGCGGUUGAAGCACUCAACGGUGCUUCUGAGGUCGCUGCAGCACUGGGCCACAGCUCCGAUGAACUCAAAUAUAAGAUAUCCGCGCAAAUGCUGGCUCAUUCCAUCAACAAGCACCUCUGGAAUGAUAAUCUGGGCUCAUAUUCAGCAAGCCGAUCGUCACACCAGGACUUCGGUGUCUCCGAUAUCGCUUGGUGCAUCACUUCUGGAGUCGCUAAUUCAACACAGAAGUCGAAGAUGGUGUCUACUAAAGUCCUGGGAGAGCUCAAACUCGGACCGGGCUACAAAGCAGACACCACUGUUAGUGCUUCAGAUCCACUCGUGUCGAUUUCCCCCAACACAAACGGCUUUUUAUUGCCUGCACUUUUCAUGAGUAACGCCUCCACUACCGCUAAAGAUCUUCUGGUCUCGGUAUGGGGACCAAUGCUUCACAAGAUGGGCGAAGCAGGCAUUGGUAACGACACCACGUCCACAGGCGCCAGCUGGGAGUAUCUCGCGCUUGAUAAAUCACCUGGUUUAUCACUCUUCACGAGUCUCGGCCAUCCGUGGGGCGGAGCAGCGACUUAUGUUCUAACCGAGUGGGCCACCGGCCUGCGACCAGCCAGUGGCCCUGCAGGCUUUGGAUAUAAUGAGUGGCUCUUGGCGCCAGAAACCGGCGUAGAGAUGGGGUUAAAGAAGUCGAGUGCGAAGGUGGUUACGGGAUCAGGAGAAACUUUGUCAGUUUCAUGGGAGCUUACUAGUACAUCCGAGUCCCUUCGUGUAAAUAUCGAUGCACCUCAGGGUACCACGGGAACUGUCCAGUUUCGUGGAAGUUUGAAAACAUUUGUUGGUGGGAAGAGACAGUCGACUAUACUUCCAUUCUAG